AUGGUCUCUCUAUCACUAAUAGGUUAUAAAAUCAAGAAGAACCCUAUAAUAACGUUGCUUUUGCCAUUUAUUGUAUUAGUGUCUGUGUAUUUCGUAGUGUUCAGAACAGAUGAUUCCAUAUUAGGGAUUGGAAGUUUACCACUAGGAAAUCACAAAUGGGCUCAUGAAAUGGAACAUACCUGGUAUUUCCCAUUCACAAGUAGGUUUAAAAUGCCUAGGUAUUCUUAUAAGACCCAACAUAAUUGGUUAUUUAAUGAUCGUGUAGAGGAUAUUAUCCCAGAAGGGCACAUUGCACAUUAUGAUUUGAACAAAUUACGUUCUACUCCAGAUGCUGCUGUAGACAAAGAACGUGUAUUAAUCUUAACACCGUUACAAUCCUUUGACCAACGUUACUGGAUUAAUAUCUUACAGUUGACUUACCCACGUGAAUUGAUAGAAUUAGGUUUUAUUAUUCCAAGAACUAAGACAGGUGAAGAAGCAUUAAAGCAAUUGGAAAUUGCUAUUAAGAAUGUUCAAAGUGAUAAAAAGAACCAAAGAUUUGCUAAAGUAACUAUCUUGAAACAAGACUCACAAAGCUUUGAUAAAUUACAAGAGAAGGAAAGACAUGCGUUGAAUGUUCAGAAGGAGAGACGUUCUGCAAUGGCUUUGGCAAGAAAUGAACUUUUGUUCUCUACUAUUGGUCCACAUACAUCGUGGGUUUUAUGGUUGGAUGCUGAUAUCAUCGAGACACCAAUGAAUUUAAUCCAGGAUAUGACUGCACACGAUAAAGCAGUUCUUGCAGCCAAUGUUUUCCAAAGAUAUUAUGAUGAAGAAAAGAAAGAAGACAACGUCAGACCAUAUGAUUUCAAUAACUGGCAAGAAUCUGACACUAGUAGAGAAUUAGCAUCAAGCAUGCAACCAGACGAGAUUAUAUUAGAAGGUUAUGCCGAGAUUGCCACAUAUCGACCAUUAAUGGCUUAUUUCCAUGAUAAAAACCAGCCAAUUACCGAAGAGAUGAUGUUGGACGGUGUUGGCGGUGGUUGUACAUUAGUUAAAGCUGAGGUUCAUAGAGAUGGUGCCAUGUUCCCAAGUUUCCCAUUCUACCAUUUGAUCGAAACAGAAGGUUUUGCUAAGAUGGCAAAGAGAUUGAAUUAUGAAGUCUAUGGGUUACCAAAUUAUUUGGUCUACCAUAAGGAAGAAUUUAAUUAG